CUGGAAACCUAAAGAAAUCAGCCAGCCGCAGCCGGAGAAAUAUGGCGAGCAGUUCGUCUUCUUCUGCCCGCGAAUCAGAACUUCAGAAGGAAGUGAAACGGCAUGAUGUUACGCUAGAUGAACUGAGCUGUCUCUCUUCUUCUCGGAGUGUCUAUCAGAAAAACGGAAACCUCUUCUUCCUCACAACUGCCAAGAAAGUGAAAAUCGAUGCCGAGAAACAACUAGACCACGCUAAAUCUGAACUCGCUAAGAUUCGUUUGCAGACACGAUCAACACGGUGACUUCUCGAUACAAAGCCUUGCCUCUUUCUUUUUCUUAUUCUUGUGUAUUGUAACUAUUGCGUCAACUGAUUGAUGUUAUUCUCAGAUGAUUGAUGCUAAUAUCAACUUUCACUAUAGUUUUCUUUCGAGGGUUAUUAUAUAUUAUGGCUCGUAAAUCAGGAUUAAUUGCAAUUUAA